UCCCGGGGGCGAGCGGCCACUCUCACAUGAUUGAGGCAAGAUGGCGUCGCCCGGCUCCCUGUGGCUCUUGGCUGCCGCUCUCCUGCCGUGGUCCUGCCACGCUCGGGCGCUGGGGCGUACUGAUCUACCCUUGCCGUUGCCGUUGGUGAUCUGGCAUGGGAUGGGAGACAGCUGUUGUAAUCCCCUGAGCAUGGGUGCUAUUAAAAAGCUGGUAGAGAAUAAAAUACCUGGAAUUUAUGUCUUGUCCUUAGAGAUCGGGAAGAACAUCAAAGAGGACAUGGAAAACAGCUUCUUCUUGAAUGUCAAUUCCCAAGUAAGGACAGUGUGUCAGAUUCUUGCUAAUGAUCCUAAAUUGCAGAAAGGCUACAACGCUAUGGGAUUCUCCCAGGGAGGCCAAUUUCUGAGAGCAGUGGUUCAGAGAUGUCCAUCACCUCCCAUGAUCAGCCUGAUUACAUUUGGUGCACAGCAUCAAGGUGUCUUUGGAUUCCCUCGAUGCCCAGGAGAGAGCUCUCACAUCUGUGACUUCAUCCGAAAAAUGCUGAAUACUGCAGCUUACUCCAAAGUUGUUCAAGAACGCCUGGUGCAAGCAGAAUACUGGCAUGAUCCCAUAAAGGAAGACGUGUACCGCAACCACAGCAUUUUCUUGGCGGACAUAAAUCAGGAAAGGAGUGUCAACGAGUCCUACAAGAAAAAUCUGAUGGGCCUGAAGAAGUUUGUGAUGGUGAAAUUCCUCAAUGAUAGCAUUGUGGAUCCUGUAGACUCUGAGUGGUUUGGAUUUUACAGAAGCGGUCAAGCCAAGGAAACUAUUCCCCUACAGGAGACCACACUGUAUACAAAGGACCACCUGGGACUAAAGGAAAUGGAUAAAGCUGGAAAGCUAGUGUUUCUGGCUACAGAAGGGGACCAUCUUCAGCUGUCUCAAGAAUGGUUUUAUGCCCACAUCAUACCCUUCCUUGAAUGAAGCCCCCCAAGUUUGUAACAGAGCUCAAGGAAUCCCUGACUCUUCCAAGCCAUGUGAAAGUUUUUUUUUUUUUUUUUUUGCCCAAUCCUGAGCUCAGAUCAGCUUGCAGCUAAUCCUUCUUUUGUUAUCAUCUAACAUGCCCUACUUGGAAAGAUCCGAAUCUUAUCCUUUGCUGCCUCCUAUCACCAUAUGGUGUUGAAUUAAAUUUUAAUUAGUUAAUAACUAGAGACUUGUUUUACACCCUUGUGAUGUGGUCAGGCUGACUCAGGAAAGGGAAUCUGCUGCACAUCAGUGCCAGAAUUGUGGCCAGGCCCCGAUGAGACUGAACAAAUGAAAGCAGCAGGAAUAAACGUCUAGCCAUACUUAAGGCAAAUAGAAGGCCAAGCCUGAGGCCUGAGGUGCUACGUAAAUACUAUCAUCUCAGUGUUAUUGGUGAUUUAACUAGUGCUCAGAAAGGUAUUGCUGGUAUAAUGUUUCUGCAUAAUUUAAGGCUGCUUUCUUGAGUCAUGUUUCCUUGUGUGGUAUCUUAGCAGUUGCUUGACAGAUUCCACUGGCCUACCGUCCUGCCUCUCCAGAGCUCAUUUUGUCUCCUCAGGUAGUGAUGAACUAGUUGCUUUGUUACAAAAGGAGGGAAGUAGUACUCAGUGGAGUUGCUUCAGAACAGAAAUACAUCUUGCAUCAUUUAAGACAGUGGGGAGGUGAUGGAAACAGAUGCAGGAGUGAAUGAGGCAGCUGGUUCUUCCUGCUCCAUCUUUGAUUAAUCUAUCUUUACUAUGGGCCUAGUGGCCUGGAUGCUAAUCACUGGCUGGAGAAAUAGUGGGACAGUGUAAAGAAACCAGCAUCUUCCAAACUGAUGCUGAUAUAUUGUGAGGAAAGAAAGACCUGAAGAGGCAGGUGCAGUGCUACACACCUGUAAUCCCAGCUACUGGGGAAGCUUGAGGAAGGACUAUGAGUCCAGCUGGAGCAAUUAACAUGACCCUGUCUCAAAAUAUAAAGGGUUGGGGAUGUAGCUCAGUGGUAGAGUGCUUUCCUAGGACACACAAGGCCCUGGGUUCAAUUCCCAGUACCUCAAAAAAAAAGAAUUUAAAAAAAGCUUCAAGAUUGUUCCAUGUGUCUUUACUUCUUUCAGCUCUUGGAAACCAACCCACAUUAGACUAAGGACUGAGAAUUCUUUAUGGUUAGUAGUGAAAACCAUCAAUCUACCACUUCUUACCUUUCUUAAACUUGGAAGUCUUAGCUCCCGCCUGAACACUUAUCAAUACAUUUUGGAUGACUUCUGUAGAGGGCCAGUGUGGAGAAAUGACUGAGCUAUGUUUUCAAGAAAAUACUGCAGUUUACCCUUUAUGGGUUUUCCUUCUUCUCCCA